AUGAAGCUUGCAUCUUCCCAACUUUUUACAGUCGCUCUAUUUAUUUAUUCAACUCAAGCUUUUUGGUUUUUAGAUUCAAUCUUCACUUGUUUUAAACCAUUACCACAACCGCCAAAAUGUAGUGCUAAACAAUUUUAUGCUGAUUUAUCAUCACAUAGUAAUGCUAAAAGAAGUUUUAAUGCUAAUUUAGACGCUGCUUUCGUUAUUUCCGAUGCUGAAAAAAAUGCUGAUGGUACUUAUUCAGUUGUUGGUAAUUUCAAAGUUAAUAAAGAAGAUCAAUUACAUUCAUUCUUUAGUGAUAAAGUUAAGAAAUUAACUUUAACUGGUACUGGUGUUUCAGAUGUUGUUUUAUAUGGUGAUGAAUCUGGUGUUGCUAAUCCAUUUUAUUGGUCUGCUAAAUUUUUAAUUAAACCAGAAUAUAAAGAUGGUAAAGUUUGUCUUCCUUCAGUUUUCCAAAUUAUUCAUGAUUUCAAAUCAGGUUUAGGUUUAGAUAUUAUCUCAAAUGUUUUAGGUACUGAUAAAUUAAUUUAUAAAUUUGCUGCAGUUGAAGCUGGUCUUUCAAUUUUUGAUCCAUUGUCAUUUUUCAACUCACAAUUAACAAAAAGAGAAGAAUCAGAAUACGAUGUUAAUGGAUUUUCAGAAAUUAUUGAUAAAAGAACCUUGAAUUUUUUCAUUGAUUUAUUAUUAUCAAUUAAGAAAGAUAUUUUAUUCAAACAAAUUUGUUUUGAUGAUUGUACACCAAACUCAAGUAGUUCAGAUACCUCAACAACUUCAAGUGCCCCAAACUCAGAUCAAAGUUCAUCAGUUCCAAGCUCAGAUCAAAGCUCAUCAGUUCCAAUUACUUCAGACGGUUCAUCAUCUGCUCCAAUAGAUAGCAGCUCAACAACUUCAAGUGCCCCAAGCUCAGAUCAAAGCUCAUCGGUUCCAAUUACUUCAGACGGUUCAUCAUCUGCUCCAAUAGAUAGCAGUUCAACAACUUCAAGUGCCCCAAGCUCAGAUCAAAGUUCAUCAUUUCCAAGCUCAGAUCAAAGUUCAUCAUUUCCAAGUUCAGAUCAAAGCUCAUCGGUUCCAAUUACUUCAGACGGUUCAUCAUCUGCUCCAAUAGAUAGCAGCUCAACAACUUCAAGUGCCCCAAACUCAGAUCAAAGUUCAUCAGUUCCAAGCUCAGAUCAAAGCUCAUCAGUUCCAAUUACUUCAGACGGUUCAUCAUCUGCUCCAAUAACUAGCAGCUCAGCAACUUCAAGUGUACCAGAAUCAAGUAACCAAUCAUUCUCAACCUCAGAAAGCUCAGAUUUUUCAUCAAUUUCCUCAAAUGGCUCAUCAGCUGAAUCAUCUACCACAUCGAAUGGUUCCUCUGUCUCAGAAAGUUCAGUUAAUUCAUCCACAAAUGAAAGUGGUUUAACUUCAUCAACCGAAACUUAUGAGUCUUCAAGUGAAGCUGAAUCAAAUAACUCAAAUGUCGCUUCCUCAACAAGCGAUUUCACAUGGAGUGAAGGUAUUGUUACCGUACCAUCAUCAACUGUUACUAAUAUUCAAACCACUGUUGUUACUAUUACCACAUGUCACGAAGAUAAAUGUCAUGAAACUGCUGUCACCACUGGUUUAACUACAGUUACUGAUUUAAAAACUACUUAUACUACUUAUUGUCCUAUUCCAGAAGAAUCAUCAUCACUUGCUUUACCAACACAAUCAGAUACCAAUGAAAUUGAAUCAUCAAAAACUAUUGAAACUACUCAAGGUGUUGAAUCAUCAAAAGCUGCAGAAACUACUCAAGGUGUUGAAUCAAGUAAUACUACCCAAAGUGCAGCAACCAGUUUUCCAGCUAAAGUACAAUCAUCAGACAAUGAAUCAAACUCAGAAGGUGUCGAAUCAACUACUUCACAAGGUGGUGAAAAUACCUGGUUAAAUACUCAAAGUGAAAAUAAAUGGUCAAAUACCCCAACCACUGUUUUUGCUGAAUCUUCACCAGCUCAAUUAACUACAUUAUCAACUGAAACUGCUAUAAUCUCAGGCACAGUUUCAAAUGCCCCUUCACCUGAACAACAACAAUCUUCAUCUGGUAUUCCACAACAAUCAGAAGCUCCAACCGUUUCAGUUGCCGAAGGUUCAGGUUCAAAAGUUAGAUUUUCAAUUGGUGCAGGUAUUAUUGCAGCUGUUGGUUUAUUAUUUUAG